UUUCCAAUCUGCUACCGUGAGGCUAUACCAGGCAGUUCCGCUACCAAGCAAGGCACCAUUUCUAAUCUGCUACCAAGAGGAUAUACCAGGAAGACCCGCUACCAAGCAAGAGAUGGCCAAUGCUAGUGCUAUAAUCAUCACCGAUUCUCUCAAUCUUAAGAUCACUGCGAAGAUUCCGCUCGGAAAUAUCAAAACCCUCUUCGUCGAUCUUGGCUUCGAUCUCGUAGACAUCGAGAAGAGGGAUGUCGCGACUCAUUCAAAGAACGAUUUAAUUACCGCUCUCCUGACCGCGUGGAAGACUAAACAUGGCAACGGUUUGGACCAGGCCGAGACUCUGAAGCAUGUCAUGAAGGAAAAUGGCGUCGACGAGGCCGUGAAGUUGAUACAAGCAGCUAUUGACAAGGUCAUUCCACCUGCAGUUACGGGCCUACUGCCUGACGCUACCGCGUUGCCAACAUCAACAAACGAAAAAAACAGCCCAAUGAAACACUAGACAUCUUUAAAAUUCAUCGGCAUUCCCCCUUUCUCUUUCUAAAAUUACGAAGGAAACUUGACGCAAUUUUCCGGAGUUUUUGAGGGGUGCAUUUUUACUUUUUAAACAAAGAUUGUUCCUGACAACCUCAAAGCUUGCCCGAUGUUUGCUCGAUAUAGCAACAAGCAAUGAUGUAUGCAGACUGGAUUCCAAGUAUUGUAGUUUAUUCAUUAAUACCAGAUAAAUGGAUUAAUAAGUUCGUGACUAGGUCGCCAGGAAAGAAACUUUGAAGAUUGUUCGUAGACCGGUCUAUUGUCGUACAAUCCCCUGCAUCCCAAUAUGUGAUCAAAAUACCAACGACUCUUUCAGGGGGUGCUGCAGCAUCCCAAAUCUUUGCACCCAGCUCCAUUUCCUCUUAUUGUAUUCGGUAUUCGCGUCAAUGAAGGCAUCGAUUCUUUUCUGUAAUAUGGAUUGAAAAUAUUUUCUGUACUGAUUUCCUUGAC